CUCCUAGGGAGUACAACACCUUGACGUUGGUGGAGGGGCUUGCGUCCUCCUGAGACCCAGAGAGCUAUGCCGGCGGUAGUGUAACUACCAGCAGGGCCACCCAAGCCGGACAGGUCGAAGGGUAGGAGGCAGACAAAGAAGUACUCCAAAGAAGGCGUCGUUGGGCUAAUCCCCCACACGCUGGAUAAGCUCGGAUUCAAAGUACAUUAAAUAGCCUCGGACGGGACCGGAAUUUAAGGAAUAAGAAAUUGGACAAGACACUUGACUUACGAUUUGGGAAUUGGAAUGUGCGCACUUUGACCGGAAAAGAAGUUGAAAUAGUGGAGGAGAUGAAAAAAUAUAAAAUGAGUGUAUUAGGAAUAAGUGAGAUUCGGAAACGAGGGAUUGGAGAGAGACAGCUAGAUGAUGGAUAUGUGCUCAGAUAUUCAGGAACAACUGAUGCGGGUCGAUUGAAAGGAGGAGUUGGUAUCAUAGUUGAUGAAAAUACAAAUAAUUUGAUAAGUGGAUGGAAUGCCAAAAGUCCCAGGAUUAUGCGAAUAGACCUUGAACUUUCAAUAAAAAUUUCUAUUAUACAGGUGUAUGGGCCAACCGAAGAUACAGAUGUUAUUGGAAAGGAUGAAUUCUGGGAAGAUCUACAAAGAGCUGUAUCAGAAGUGGAGACAGGUAGAAAAGUUUUUCUAAUGGGUGAUUUCAAUGGAAGGAUUGGGAAUGAGGAUGAACAGUGGCAUGGGUGUAUGGGAAAACAUGCAGGUGAAUCAGUGCUGAAUGAUAAUGGUAGGCGGCUAUUGGAAUUCUGUAUAGAUAACCAGUUGUUGAUCGGAAAUACAUGGUUCAUUCACAAGACCAUCCAUAAAAUAACUUUUGUCGCUGAAGGAAGAGACACCCAAAGUAUCAUUGACUACUUUCUAUACCCUUCUACCUUGAGAUAUGCGGUCAAAGAUGUGAAAGUCAUAAGGGGUGCAGAGAUUGACUCAGACCAUAAACUUCUUGUUGCUGACACUAGAUUCCAAAGAAUAGCCACGAUCAGACAAAGGAAAUAUGAGAGGAUCAAGAGUGAGGAAUUGCAAAAUAGGGACAAACAGAAUGAAUUUCAAACUGAAGUAGAGAAGGAAUUAGCUGAAAUUGAAACUCAAGUAGAAGAAGAGAACAGAAUAAAUAAUAUUGAGUUUCAAUGGAAAAGUAUCAAAGAAACAUUAUUGAAAGCAGCAAAUAAAGUUUGUGGCCAAAGAAAAGUGGGGCAAUUCAAAAGAAGGACGAAAUGGUGGUCAGAGGAAGUUAAACAGAAGGUCAAGGACAAAAAGAAGGCUUUCCGAAGAUACACUGGGUCUGGAAGAAAUGAAGAUUGGCUGAAAUACAUAGAGUGCAGGAAUCAAGCAAAGAGGGCUGUCAAAGAUUCAAAGAAGAAGGCAUGGGAGGAGUUUGGGAAAGAAAUAGAUGAAAACUAUAGAAAUAAUGUGAAAAAUUUUUGGACAGUUUGCAAAAGUCUGCGAGGAAAGUUUGGAAAGCAGGCAAGGUCUAUUAAGAAUAAGGAAGGUCAGCUGGUGACAACCACUCAAGAUGUGCUUGAAACAUGGAGAAGAUUUUUUGAAGACAAGUUCAAUGAAGAUAGGGUGGUGCAAGAAGUGAAUUUGGAGUUGGAUGACAAUGCUCAUGAAGUACAUCAGAUGGAUGCUGGAAUAACAAAGGAUGAGGUGAGGGAGGCUGUUCAAAGGUUAAAGAAUGGGAAAGCAGCAGGAAUUGAUAAUAUUCAAGCUGAAUAUUUGAAGAAAGGGGGUGAAUGUCUCUUAGAUAGACUCACUGAGUUAUUGCAGCAGGUUUGGGAACAAGGUACAAUUCCAAAAGAAUGGGAACAAAAUAUUAUAGUUCCACUCCACAAAAAAGGAAAUACCACUGAUUGUGAAAACUACCGAGCAGUUUGCUUAUCUUCAGUGGUAUGUAAAGUGUACACUCGAAUAUUAGAGAAAAGACUGCGAAGUGUGGUGGAAGAACAGCUAGAGGAGGAACAGUGUGCAUUUAGGCCUGGCAGGCAGACGCAAGACCACAUCUUCUCAAUAAGAUCGAUCUGCUCAAAAUCUAUUGAAAAAGGCAAGCAAGUAUAUCUGGCGUUCCUGGACCUGAGAGCCGCAUUUGAUACAGUAUCAAAAGAAGCCUUAUGGGAGACAUUGGCUGCUAAGAAUGUGCCACAAAAAUUACAGCGUGCUAUUAAAAGUGUCUUCAAUAAUGUCACUGCAGUGGUUAGAACGUGUGGACAGAUAUCAGGACCUCUGCAAAUGAGAAGGGGGAUAAAACAGGGGGACAGCUUGAGUCCACUAUUAUUCACCAUGGUAAUGGAUGAAAUCCAUAAAAUCUGCAAACGAAGAACGGGGAGAAUGACAGUCGGACACUGGAAUUUAAGGCCCAUUUUCGCUCAAGCUCUACUGUUCGCGGACGAUAUAGUUCUGAUUGCUGACUCGGAAAGGAAACUAAAAGCAGCUGUAAUCGAAUGGAAUGAAGAGAUCAAGAGAAAAGGUAUGGAACUGAAUAUCAAUAAGAGCAAGGUGAUGGUGGUGAAUGGAACUGAAGGUGAGAGAGUGAUAAUAGAAGUGGAGGGGCGGCAGAUGGAACAAGUAAAAUCAUACGAGUACCUUGGCACCAUUAUAAAUGAAGAUGGAAAACUGGAUGAAGAACUGAGAAACAGAAUCAACAAGGCUAGCCGGGCUUACUAUGGUACCAAAGACUGUAUUUUCGGGAAAAAAGAAGUGGGUACUAUGGUGAAGAAUAGGGUCUAUAAAAGUAUAAUAGAGCCUAUAGUUCUGUAUGCGGUGGAAAGUUGGCCCAUGAAGACACAGCAUAUGAGUAGAGUAAGGGCAGUGGCAAUGAAGUGCCAUAGAAGAACGGCUGGGAGGACGUUGAGAGACAGAGUAAGGAGUGACCGCAUCAGGGAGGAAAUUGGAAUGAAAGAUGUAAAAGAAGUUAUCGACAGAAAGCAAUUAGGAUAUUGGGGUCACGUACAGAGGAUGGACGAUGAGAGGAAAGUGAAACAGUACGCAAAUGUGGUUGUAGGAGGCAGACGGAAGAGAGGACGUCCCCGGUACUCGUAUGAUGAACACAUUAGAAGAUUGGGAGAGGAGAGAGGGAAGACUGUGGGGCAGAUGAGGAGGCUGGCUGCGGAUCGCGACACCUGGAGGCGGUUGUCCGAGGCUACCCCGACGCUGUGAGGCACACCGGGGCAGAGAGAAAGAAGAAGAAGAAU